AAUCAAUCAAUAAAGUUAAGGUUUAUCGACACCAACGUCGUUCUCUCGCUCGUGAGUUUCGAGCAAAACCCUAGAACAGAGGGAAUCUGUUCAUCAAUUGGUAUCAGAGCCUGGUUCCGAAUCCGUUCGGGAUCUGAUCGCAAUGGGUACGGGCACGGUCACAGAACGAUGCUCAGCGUUGGAAGCUGCGGUGGAGGAUUUGCAAGUUUUGGUGCAGGCCGAUUCGGCCGAGUUGGAGGUGGUAAGAGAACAGAUGCGGGAGAUUGCGGAGGUCUUGAAGACUCUGGUGGUCAAGGUCAACGCGUUGACACCGCAACGGGAAGGGAAGGAAACGGUGGCGGUCUCGUCGAUCGGGAAGGAGAGCUCGGAGGAGAGGGAAGCGGAGAAAAGUACGAUGGGGAUGAAGACCGGCGAGAGCAGCUCGACGGAACCGAAGUUCGACGGCAGCGCGCGUCGUCUCGACUCAGCGGUCCGUGGGAGCUACGGUGAGAAAGCGUCCAGGGACGUCCGGCGAUCAAAGCAGCAGCGGGAAGGAGGUCUUCGGUCCGGCGAUAGGAGGUGGAGCGAAUGUGGUCCAUUUUUUCAACUCCAUUAAGUGGGUGGAUGGUGCGCAAGAAAUUAGAAGGGAGGCAAUCCAAGUUUCCAGCCGGCGGUGGAUGUGAGUCAAGGAGGCCAAGGGCGCACAAGAAGCAGCAGAGGGAAGCUUUCUUGUUUGGCGAAUGGACAAGGGUGCUUGGGAUUAGCUGUCGCUCGUGGAAAUUCAGGAAGAGAUCAAAGCCUUCACGUCGUCGCAAGAGUUGUUGUUGCUUUCAUCAUCGACCACGCGUCUCAGCAUUGGAACGAACCUUGGGGACCAAGGUUCUUUGAGGGGAUGGGUUGAUGAGGUUAUUUUAUGGGCUCGUAGGUAUUUUCGGUUUGGGCUAGGGUGUUUUUUUUCUUUUGGGUCGAGUUUUCCUUUUGUGUUUGGGAAGGGGUAGCCGAAUAGGGGUAGGACUAGGUUACGUAUUAGGCUUUCGUGAGUCUAUAAAUAUGUAACUUGGGCAUUAGUUCCGUACCAAUCAAUCAAUAAUGUUAAGGUUUAUCG